GUGUAAUUCAUCAUAAUAAAGAUGUUUUUUUCUCCCACUUGAUAUGUUUAGAGAGAUAACAUAUAUUACUUGUAUUUUAAGCACAUCUACUUUUGGAACUGAACUAAUCUUUCGAUUUAAACCUGAAAAUAAAACCACUAAUAUUGAUUAUAACUUACAGGUAUAUUUCCAUAGAUAUGUUCCUUAUAAUAAUAUAGUUAGAGUGAUGUAGUUAUAGGUGCUGCAGCAUUUGCAAUGAUAGCCUCUUUGGUUUUGUUAAAGAUAAUUGACUCGAUGACAAGAUUCAGAAUAAGGGCCAUAACAGUCUGGACUGUAGCUUUAUUGAUUGCGGCUAUUGUAUUAAGAGCAAGAUAUGGUAUUUUUAUGCCAUUGAAUGAUACUCGCUAUAAUUUAUAUAAUUCAACUUCGUUUUUCCUUUGUCUUACUGUCAUAACCUGGUCAACAUUUUGGUUCUUUAAGAAAGUUUCCCCAUUGCAGAAUACUACACAGCAUGAGCUAUCUUACUCUUUGCCUCAAAGACGUCCAAGUCGAGAAAACAAUGCGCUUUCUGUACAUCGUUACGAUGAAGAAAUUGAUUAUACGUUACCUUCUUAUUCUGAAUUGCCUUCACCUCCAGCUUAUACAAAGUUGCCCGAUGUUGUGGUCAUAGAACAUACACAAGAUCAUGAUCAGACCAUGAAUACUUUUUCUCAUUCAAAUCCCACUCAUGAAAGGCAUUCAAUUGACAUUGUAGAUAUGAAUCAGCCAAAUCACCAACAAUAAAAUGCUCUGAAAAAGUCAUUCUGUCGUACAAAUGAUCUGUUGGUCCUUGUUGUAACACAAGAACAACAAGAAAAAGAGAAAUG